ACAUGUGUGAGUGAGGGGCAGCGGCCGCGCAGCACGCGGGCCCGCUCGCGCCGCGCAGGGACACACGCGCCCCCGGGCCCGCUCCGCUCUCCGCGCCGCGGCGCCGCCGCCUCCGCCCCGCUCUCCGGUCCUCCGCUCGCAGCGCUCGGCGGGCCGCGGCCGCUCGGCUCCGCGCCGCGGGAGCUCGGCCGCCGCCGGAGCCCGGCGGAGGGGCGGAGGUGGGGGCGGGGGGAGCGGCGCGAAGUGCGGCCGCGGCGCCAAACUUGCGGCGGCGGCGGCGGCCCCUGCGCGUGCGGCUCCGCGGGGCCGGAGGGCGGCGGGCGCCCAUCAGCGCCGUCUCCGCGUUUGUCCGGCCCGGACCGGGGGCUGCCGAAGGGCGGGCGGGCGGCGGGCGCCGCGCUCGGUUCGCGGCGAGGAAACCUCCGCGGUGCCCCCGAGCGGCGCUGCCCGGCCCCGCAGACCACCGAGGGGAAGCAGCAGGCCAUGGUGAACCCCGGCGGCAGCGCGCAGCCGCCCCCGGUGACGGCGGGCUCCCUCUCGUGGAAGAGGUGCGCCGGCUGCGGGGGGAAGAUCGCCGACCGCUUCCUGCUCUACGCCAUGGACAGCUACUGGCACAGCCGCUGCCUCAAGUGCUCCUGCUGCCAGGCCCAGCUGGGGGACAUCGGCACGUCCUGCUACACCAAGAGCGGCAUGAUCCUCUGCAGAAACGACUAUAUCAGGUUAUUUGGAAAUAGUGGUGCUUGCAGUGCCUGCGGACAGUCCAUUCCUGCUAGUGAGCUGGUCAUGAGGGCACAGGGCAAUGUCUAUCAUCUGAAGUGUUUUACAUGCUCUACCUGCCGGAAUCGCCUGGUCCCGGGAGAUCGGUUUCACUACAUCAAUGGCAGUUUAUUUUGUGAACAUGAUAGACCUACAGCUCUCAUCAAUGGCCAUUUGAAUUCACUUCAGAGUAACCCACUACUGCCAGACCAGAAGGUCUGCUAAAAGGUCAGAGUAUUGCAGAAUGCGUGCCUUCAUCUCAAAUUUUGUUCAUCACAGAUGGAUCCCAUGUCUCCAAGUAGACAAGUCACCUUUGUAGCUAGCAUCAGUGCCAGCUCCAUACCAUUGCACCUUCUUUAUUCUUGAUUGCCCUUCCCACAUUUAUUGGUGUAUUAAAAUGACUGAAUAUGAACAUUAAGGACUCCAUGAACCUGGGCUAAUGGGAGACUGUAGAGAAAAUGAAAAAAGAUCCACCGGAGGACAUCUUUGGGGGGGGCGGGUGGGGAAGAUGACUAAUGAAGCUAAUUAAAAGAAGCAUUGAAAUCUGCUUUCUACCCUCAUUAACAAUUAGCAGGGCACUGGCCAGUUUGUACCCUGUGUUUUACCUUAACAACAUUCUAUUUGCUCUUUGUAUAUUUAAGUGUUGUAAGGAAAUGUGUUUCAAUCAAACUGAACAUGAGAUAAAGGAAAGAUGUGGCUUUUGUGAUAUUCUAUCACAAAUACUUUUAUUGUAUCUCUGUAAAAUACAAUGUAUGUAUGCAUGUAAGUGUUUUUGUCCUAAUGUUGCUACUUCCCAUGGCAAAAAAAAAAAAAAGGAGAAAAAGGAAAAAAAAAAAGUCAGGCUCAUAGCAGCUACUGUGUAGAAAUUUUCACCUACUUCUAAUUUGCUGAAUGAAGAAAAAUCUUUUAUUUGUGAUAUUUUCAGAGACAUUUGCUCUAGUAUGGUGUAUUUAAAUAAUAAAAAGUAAAACAAAAACCA